ACGUGCCGCGGGCCGCAGGGCGGGUUCGCGGCCGCCAUGUUGUGCGGCCCCGGGCCAGGCCGGGCAUGGCGGGGGCCGGCAGCAACUGGCUCUCGGGGGUCAACGUGGUGCUGGUCAUGGCCUACGGCAGCCUGGUGUUCGUACUGCUGUUCAUCUUCGUGAAGCGCCAGAUCAUGCGCUUCGCCAUGAAAUCCCGCCGCGGCCCCCACGUACCUGUGGGACAGCACGCCCCCAAGGAUUUAAAGGAGGAGAUCGACAUUCGACUAUCAAGGGUGCAGGACAUCAAGUACGAACCACGGCUGCUGGCUGAGGACGACGGCCGACUCCUGCAGUUGGAGACACCAGGCUGCUAUAACUACCUGUACAGGAUGAAGGCACUGGAUGCAAUCAGGGCAUCAGAAAUCCCAUUUCAAGCAGAGGGCCGGUACCCAAAGUCUUUAAUAGGGAAGAACUUCUGUGCCUACCUGCUGGAACUACGGAAUUCCAGCGCCUCCUUCAAAGGCAUCCGCAAAGCCUUGAUCGACACCUUGCUGGAUGGGUACGAGAGUGCCCGCUAUGGCACUGGGGUCUUUGGGAAAGCAGAAUAUCUGAAUUACCAGGAAGCUCUGAACGAGCUGGCAAACAUCUCCAAGGCCCGGGGGGGCAGCAGCCAGCGGCAGCACCAGUCCGCAGCAAAGGACCUCACCCUGUCCCCUGAAGUUUCCAACCCCACCACCAUCCAGGUCACCUACCUGCCUUCCAGCCAGAAGAGCAAACGUGCCAAACACUUCCUGGAGCUGAAGAGCUUCAAGGACAACUACAACACGCUGGAGAGCACCCUGUGAGCACGUGGGGCCUGGUGCAGUGGGUGUGCAGGCAGCACUGGGAGGAAGCAGCUGCGCUCUCAGAUCUCCCCUUCGUACCACAUCUCCGUUCCAACUGCUGGAACUCAGCCCUCACCAGAAGCCCAUUCCAGAGCAGUGUACCUGCCUGCUGAGCCCGAGGGGAUUGGCCCCACAGCCUCCUCUGCCACUGACACUCCAGGCUUUGAGUCCUGCACCGUCUUGGAGUCCUGCACCGUCUUGGACCUUGUGAAUAAACUGAUUAGCUUGAUCUUAUUUAUAAAGACACAGAUCCCAGCCAGCGCUCCCCUCUGCCCGUCCUUCGCCACAGUGGCUGGCAGGAACUGAUGUCUGUCCGUUCUGUCCGUGUGGGUCUUGGGCUCUGGAGCCACCUGUCUGUCCUUUCUCAAGGGUGAACACUUUUCCCCAUGUCCCCGUUGUUCCUCCUGUCAGCCCUGUGUGCCCAGCCUGCCUGUGUGUCCAGCUGGGGUGUAAAUAGUUUGGUGCCCGUUCUCAGCACCGCAGCCAAGCUGCUGCUUCAGGCUGCAGUUUCUACUCCAUUCGACUGCAGCUGGGCAUUUGGGACUCUUGAGAGGACAAACCAGCGUCAAGUGUCCCAUCUGUCCUGCCAAGGGGGUGUUUGCUCCCACUCUCACCAGCGCCUCACGUGCCAGCAGCUGCCAAGCCCCCAUGGCCGAGAGCUAGGUAGCCCCCACCUUGAGUCGCGUCUGCCAGCCGAGGCAGUGCCAGCAGCUCACCCGUCACCACGGCACGGGCAGCACAGGGUGGAGGGCACAGACCUCGCAUAGGCCUUGGCACUUUUUAAUUACUGUUUAAUAAAAUGACAGUUUAGCCUGA